AUGCAUUCUUCCCAAAGUCUUUGGGACUUUGGUGUCGGCUUCUGCUGCCAGAGAUUGGUAUCUCUUGCUACUGACCCGGUUUACCGCAAUGCGGCAAACCGGGUGCCUAUCUGCUUCCGGGUCUCUGUGCUGCCGUUGCUGCGCGGCGUGCCCGAGCAAGGAUGCUACGCUUGGGCCAUGCCGCGUGGACGCGACCCCACACCUCUGAAAAGUCCAGGAUGCCCGUACAGGUUCGGCAUUUUCCCGAUCGACUCGAAAAACUGCACAACGACCUACUACAAGUGUGCAUUCGGGAUCCCGGAAGAGCAAAAGUGCCAAAUCGGCUUAGCGUACGACAACCGGAUCCACCAGUGCAACUGGCCGGAUCUCACCCCACAUUGUGACCCUGAAACCAUUGUUGGAUUCAGUUGUCCGGAAAAGCUGCCCCCAGGCUCCUUGGCAGUGAAAUUCAUGCCAUUUCCGCGUUUCGAUGCUGGUCGAUGCGACUCUCUGAUCGUCUGUGUCAAUGGAUACCCGCGUCUCAUUCGGUGCACGGAAGAGAAGGUCUUCAACAAGCUCACCCUCAGCUGCGAUUAUGCCGAGAAUGUCCCUGAAUGUGGAAGAAAGGAAACUAAAGGAAAAGGUGGUGAGGAGUGGAACCAGCUCAAAUGGAAAGUGAUGGGUGGGGGAGGAGGACAAGAUCUAACUGGACUUGAGCAGAGGUCUGAUCCAUACUCUGCUUUCUGA